UUUCAUUGGUCAGCUACACGUUUCCCGUUUCAAACUUGUUUUGGACCGGAACCUGUUGAAAUGGAUCAAACCGUACACGGAGCAAACAUUUGAACCCAACAGCUGUAGUCCAAACAGCACAGCAGGCUGAACGUUAGAGUGACUGAGGCUGUCAGUUAACCAUGAAGGGAACGGCUAAAAGCAAGGUUGUGACCUCAGGGAGGCUGACAGGGCGAGUCAAAGUGCAGCCGGUCAGGAGAAGAGUGACUCCAAACCCAGGACCAGCAGCUGGCCCUGAACCAGCCUACUCCCUGUACUCCACAGACUCUGAAGACCAGGUCACUUCUCUUCAUAAGGGUCUGGACCGCUGUGCUGCAUUGCUCAGUGGCAUCCUUCAGGCUGAGCAAGCAGAAGCUUUGCCAAGCCUUCCCAAAGCAGUGAAGGGUGGAGCAGCCAAAUCAAGACCAUCUACCUCAGUGGGGAAGAAGUCCAUCAAGAAACUACCUCCACACACUGGUAGGUAUCAGAAGAGAUGUGAGUCAGGCGGCACGACUCCCAGAACACGCCGGCCUGCUGUUCCAGCUGCACACUCAGGAGUGAAACUCCAUCCAGCUCUGAAAAAACCUCAAACCCCGCUGCAGUCUCACUUCUCACCUCCUGUACGAUGCCAAACACUGCAGCACCUCACCACCAAAACCACCACCACCACCCCUCCACUGCAGCCCCAGACCCCCACCCCUGACUCAGGCCGGCUGCCUCUCCCUCAGACAGACUGUGAUGGAGAGGAGGACUUUGUUCCUGUGAGAGACACUGCUGCAGACGCACACACACACUCACCCAUACACACCUGUACCUGGAAGAUGUCAGACAUGCAGCUGGAGCCUGGACCGGGUGAUCAGGACACACACAGCAGGGGCGACUGCAGUGCAGAGACAGAAGUCCAAGUAAAGACGGUUCAGUAUCUGCUGGGAGAACUCAAGGCUCUGAUCGCUGGACAGGGCAGUGUAGCAGAGAAGCUGCUCAGUCAUCUUGAGUACACUGUGUCCUCAUCGCUGAUGACUGUUGGAACUUCAAACACCCAUACUGAGCCAGACCUGUCAUCACUGUACAGCCAGAACACUCAGCUCCGCAGGCGUGUGAAGAUUCUGAACCAGCAGUUGAAGGAGCGGGAGAGAGCAGAGAGACAAGAGAACACUGAAACACUCUGUAACUCAGAAGUUGGAACACUGCGUGUCUUCACAGUGCCGGCACUGCAGGAGGAGCUGACCAGCACUCAGUGCAGACUGCAGGAAGUCCAGGAUGAGCUCACAGAAGUACGGAAAGCCCUUCAGGACACACAGAGCCAGCUGAGGGACAGAGAGACACAGAAUACAGUCAUGGAGACAGACUUGGAGGCCACCAGAAGGAGGUUGCUGGACAGUGAGAGAGAGAAGAUUGAGUUGGCCUCACUUGCCCAGCAAAGACUGGAAGAGAUAGGAUGCCUUAACAGGACUCUUCAGAUGUCAGCUGCUGACAGCUCCGUGUCAGUAACACACAGACAGAAUCCAGCAGAACCCACCGCUGACCGCAUCAGCCAGUAUCUUCUGUCUCUGGGUCAGUGUGAGCAUGUGUGUGUGGCUGCAGACGGAGAGCAAAGUAAACGUCCCACAGUCCAGCUGAGAGACACAUCAUCACGACCCACCGAUACCUCAGCCCGUCACCCAAACUCUCAUCUGGACCAAUCACGGUGCUUUGACAAAGUCCAGUCAUGUGGGCGGCGGCUGGAGACGUCCACCCUGUCUCAGUGUGAUAUGGAGUCCGUGUGGUCUGAGUGCAGCGCCAAGUCAGCGUCCACGUUCGACACGAGAGACGAGGCUGCGUUCAGAGACGGCCUGUCAGCUCUCGAUGCUAGCAUAGCCAGUCUGCAGAAGACUCUUCAGCUGGACCUGAGGAGGUGACACACACAUACGCGAACAGCUUUGAUUGUAUGCUGCAUUUUGUCCUCUUAUU